CGGGUAAAAUUGCACGUAUGCACCAUCCCUUCCCAUCGCACUUGAUCUCGAUGUCUCGAGACGCACAUCAUUCUUUACGGUGGUCUGAAAGCAGCUAUUUUAUUUGAAGUCUUAUUGGCAGGUGUAUCAUACUCAGCUUGGCGCUGCAUGAAUAGGUCUCAAGAUUGCAGGUAUUAUAUGUACCAGCAUUUUCCAUUCAUACUAGAGAUAUAUUAUACAACUAUUGAAAAAUUAUCUGGGGAUACCCUAUUAAGAUUACAUGAUAGUCAAACGUGGAAAACAUCAACGAAAUGAACACUAGAUCUACAUGGAGUUCAUGAAAUGUUCAGAUUUUCUAAUAAGAAGUGAUGGUUCAAAUGGUUCUUACCUAGAAAUUCGUUGUUCUAAUGAAAAAUAUUUACAACAGCCUUGGCACAAGAAAUCUGUAAAUAUAAAAGAUCAAAUCGACAAUGCAUUAACAUACAAAUUUGAAAGUAAACCUAUGUUGGUGGAAAAUAACCAGUGUUUUAAACUUACAAGUAUUACAAAAGAUAUAAUCUGCACUAUAAAAUAGCAUUUAAACAACAUUAUGGAUCCUUCUGGUUUGAUAGAAGGAAGUUUACCGGAUCGUAUUACCAAAAGGGAUCGUGAAAGAAAGAAUAUUAUAGAAAGGCGGAGAGAAGAACGGCAAUCGUUAGCUGUGGAGUCAGAACAAAGUAGUUAUUUCAAAGACACUUUUUAUUCGUCGUGUAAAAAGAUUAAAGAAUUGUUAGAUGAUGCACCUAGUGCUUCUACUUCAGCUCUACCUGGAAUAUUCGACAAAGUGAACAAAGAAAUUCAAACAUUAAAAAACUAUUUAUCACAAUCAAAAAUGUUUUUAAAAGUUUAUGAUAUUAGAAGAGCACAAGAGAAUUUACAGUUACUAGAAAGUGGAGCCUCUGAUUUGGAACUAAAGUUACUACCUAAGAAGAAAUUUGGGUUUAAGAAUAGACGAGUUGUGAAGAAAACUUCUGAUAAGUCACAUGAUGUAACCGACGGUUUAAAAGACUUAAAGGUCUCUGAAGGAAUUGUAAAUGGUUCCUCAAAACAAAAUCACAAAUUGUCAAGCAAGUAUGGCGAUAGUGCAUGUAUGAUAUUGGGAAAAAUUGAUGAACACAUAGUUCUCGAUGCCGAAAAUGUGAAUAAAAACGAUAUCCACCUUUCCGAUCUAGUUCGUUGUACAGUACGAAUUUAUGGCACACCUAGUACUUUGCAUAUGAUAAAUUUGAAGCAAUGUACUGUAUUAGUUGGACCAGUACCGUCAUCUGUAUUCGCCCACGAUUGUAAUGAAUGUUUAUUCGCUUUUGCGUGUCAACAACUUCGAUUACAUUCUUCGACAGAUUGUACUAUUUAUUUGCAUGUCACAAGUAGAUCGAUCAUAGAAGAUUGUACAAAUAUACGUGUAGCACCUUAUAAUUGGUCCUACGAAGAUCAGAUGAAUCAUUUCAAUCUAGCAGGUCUUGAUCCAAAAAUGAAUAACUGGAAUUGCAUCGAUGAUUUUAAUUGGUUAUCGGAUGAGAAACAUUCACCGAAUUGGAGUGUUCUUGAACCAGAAUUACGUGUAAAAAAUUGGGAUUAAAUAGACUUAAAAAGACAAAAUACUCCUAAAGUGGGAAAUAUGAAAUUCCGUUUUUGAAAACAUCAUUUUUUUAAAGUUAGGUACUAUGUUUAUUAUGUAAAUUAUUUAUGUGCAUACUUCGCUUUUUCACAGAAAUUACACUGUAAGUGUUUUAUAUACUUACGAAAUAUUUAAUAAAAUCGCUGUUUACGAGUCGUGUA